GAUUGAGUGUCGCACAGCUCAAGUCAAACUGAAGCGUCUCAGCGAGCGCUCCUGCCACAUGCUCGUCGUGAUGGCCGCCGUGUGGCGAGCUCGUAAAUGUGACCGUGGUGUCGUCCGCUUCUCUGAUCGUGAUCUGUAAAAAAUUCGCGGAAAGCACGUCUUUAAACGCUACAUUAAAAGAGCUCGCAAAAUAAGCUGUUAUGGCUGAAAGCAACCAAAACACUGAUGGCACUGUUGAAGAAGGGGAGGAUGAAAAUACAGAGGAUUCUAAUCUGCAAAUGGCGCUCAGUGCUUUUCGGGCGAAGUGGAUGUCUGAGCUUCAGCCCAGCUCAGGUGGAAAGAAAAGUGUCCCCAAAACUGCUGACCUUAAGAGGAAGCAGGAUAUCGCUAAAGAGGGGAAGGCCCGAGAGCUGUUCCUGAAGGCUGUCGAGGAAGAACAGAACGGAGCAGUUUAUGAAGCCAUCAAGUACUAUAAGAGUGCAAUGCAGCUGGUACCGGAUAUUGAGUUUCGGAUCAACUACAGCAGAACUCCUGAUCCGGACCGCGGUGGCAGCUAGUAAGCGCUCGGCUGCAGAAUGAACUGUCAUGGGAAACUUGGA